GCUAUGUUUUAAGGAAGCGACUGAAAUCAGCAUCAAACAUUUCCAUCGAGGAUGGACUGUUGCUAAUGCCGACUUCUGUUGCAAGAGGAAGAACCAGCAGCAACAACCGGACUACAACUUCCUCCGAUAAGGAAUGGGGUUUCUACAGUUUGGAAGUGCUGAGUGGUGGAUUGCUGAAGCAAUUAUGUGCCUUCUCAGAGAAAAGAUGCCUAGACAGAAUUCUCAUAGAUUUUCCUGCAGGAGGUAUUCCACCUGGAGAAGGAGCUGUGAAGCCAACUCUGCUAACCUUGAGCAGUGAUAAUUAUCUUCGUGAGCGGGACAUUAGUGAUGGAGCUGUGAUCAACCGUGUCUUCCUUUCUCAAGAGUACAAAUUUCAUCAACUCAAUAUGGAUGAUGAAUCUGGGACAUUGUACUUGAAAUCAACAAGGACAUCCACUGCAUCUCAGGAUUCCCUACUGUCAUUUGCCAUUUUUGACCUCAGGCCCCUUCAGUUCAAAGCCUUGUUUGAGGUGAAGAAGUCUGUGUUCGGGAAGAAUGUUGUUGAUGCAGACUGCUGGCGAGAGUGCCUUGCCAUAUCUCAUUCUGGCAAUAUUAUCAAGGUCUACAGCUUGGCCCACAUUUUGCAGCAAAAUGAACCAGUUUGCACAGAAUAUCCACACCAUUAUUAUCUGCAGCAAGGCGUUGGAGACAGAGGACUUCCUGUCACGUGUCAGGUAGACACAUGCCCUCCUUGCCUGCUGCAGUUUGAGUCAUUUCAACAUUCAUUUGACAUUGAUGGAUCUCCCUUCCACUGCAUCACACGUAAAUCACGGAAAACAUUCCAUGAAGCAGAGAUGUAUCAGGUUACUAGGUUGGUAGAUAGCAGUCAAGUUGGCUCAUUCUCUGGAGAUGUUUUUGAUGUGGAGCCUGAUCAUGUCAUCUUUCAUCCUGAUGGUUCAAAUCGAAUUCUGCGUCAGUCUUCCUCUCGAAUCAGCAUUUUGCAGCUAUCAGAGCAAGAUGGAAAAUGUUCUGUUGGUGAAGUGUUCAAGUUCAUUGCUAAGGAACAUCUGAAAGCUGAUGAAGAUUGUACACCUGCAAGAAAAACCAACAGGUCACGAAGACUCAGAAAAGCCCAACAAUCUCAUGAGUUUUGGGAUGACAGUGAUGCUUUUGAUCUUACCUAUGCCUAUAAUAUGGACAUGGAUAUUUUAGGGAUCCUCACUGCAUUUGAGAAUGAUGAAACUGGCAAUAUUUCGCACAUUGCCAGCAUACAUCUUUAUGACAACAGAACUGGUCAGCUCCUGAGGAUCAUUCCUAUAGACAUGGCUCUUAAGGGAAGUAUCUAUGAGUGCAACUUUGAACUAUAUAUAUGCCGUGCUGUGAUUGUUGUGAAGGUGAAAACCCCUCAAGCAACUGAAGUUCUCAUUUAUCACCUUGAGCUGACUAAUUGUGAAAACACAUUUGAGGAAAAUACAAAGAAUGGGAAUAAGACAAUUGCAUAAUCAUGAUCUUGCUGUUUAUGAAGGUGUGGGCAACAACAAAUUUCAUGUUUUUUUUUUAUUUUUACAGCAAACUUGAAGCAUCUUGGUAUAACUUUCAAGCAGUUGCCCUUUUUUGUUUUGUGAACACCCCAGUUGAUUGCAUUGGGCUGUAACAUUUCCUUCACAGCUGCUGUGAGGCAGACAUGUGAGUGCCAUAGAAGAUGACUUUAUCAAGUUCAAAGUGGAUUUUUUACUUUCUUCUUCCUCUAGUCAUUUAUUAUGAAUUACUUGAAACAGAA